AUGGCCAUCUCAAGGAACUAUCUGUUUCUAUCACUUUUGGUUGUUGGGCUUGUUUUGAUACCUUCUUCCACUGCUCAACCAGAUCAGAAAACUCAAGCUCAAGCUCUACUCAAAUGGAAACAAAGCCUGGUAAACCAAACAAUUCUUCAAAGUUCAUGGGUCAUUUCAGAAAAUACUACUGAUCCUAAUUCUACAGCUAUAACCCCAUGCAAAUGGCUUGGAAUUACAUGCAAUGAAGCAGGUAACAUAAUAGGAAUAAACCUUGCAUUCUAUGGUGUACAAGGUACUCUCCACCACUUUGAUUUCUCUUCCUUUCCAAAUCUUAUUCGACUCGACCUCCAAGAAAAUAGACUCUCCAGCAUCAUUCCUAUUGAAAUAGGUAUGCUUUCAAACCUCGAAAUCCUCGAUCUUUCCACUAAUUUUCUCAAUGGUUCGUUACCUAUUUCUCUCUCCAAUCUUACCAAGCUCUUGGAGCUCGAUUUAUCACGAAACGAAUUAACCGGUGAACUUCCACCAGGUUUGUUCCCUGGUGGAACAGACAUGCCAAAAACUGGACUAUUUAGUCUCCAGAGGCUUCAUGUCCAGGAAACUAUGCUCGGUGGUCAUAUUCCUUCAGAAUUAGGAAAUAUGAAGGAUUUGGUUGCACUAGUUUUCGACGGGAAUAACUUUUUCGGUCCCAUACCUCCAUCUUUGGGUAAUCUAAGCCAGCUGCAAACGUUACGCCUGAACGAAAAUCAAUUUUCAGGUCAUAUCCCCCCGAGUUUUGGGAACUUGAGAAAAUUAACUGAUUUGCGCUUGUUCAUAAACAAUUUUUCCGGUUCUUUACCUGAAGAAAUCGGAAAUUUUUCGUCGUUGGUGGUUCUUCAUCUGGCAGAAAACAAUUUUAGUGGUCACUUACCACAGCAAGUUUGUAAAGGUGGAAAGCUUGUAAAUUUCACAGCAGCCUAUAACAAUUUCACUGGUCCUAUUCCGAUAAGUCUCAAGAACUGCCCGAGUUUAUUCAGAGUCCGGCUUGAAUAUAACCAAAUUACUGGAAAUUUAGGCCAAGAUUUUGGAAUUUAUCCAAACCUUACUUACAUUGAUUUGAGCUACAACAGGUUGGAAGGUAAUCUCUCAUCAAAUUGGGGAAAAUCCCGGAAUUUAACCGUCUUGAGUAUUGCUGGGAAUAUGAUUACUGGUAAAAUCCCAAAAGAGAUUGAUGAAUUGAACAAACUAGUUGUCCUUGAUCUGUCUUCUAAUCAACUUUCUGGAGAAAUACCCCCACAACUUGGAAAUCUCUCUGCCCUGUCCUCUAUAAUCUUGAAUGAUAACAGUUUUUCGGAUCACAUACCACCUGACAUUGGGGUACUUUCCAAUCUGCAACACCUACACCUCUCAUCCAACAUGUUAAUUGGACCAAUCCCAGAUCAAAUUGGGGAUUGUUUCAGAUUGUUGUCGUUAAAUUUGAGCGAUAAUCGCUUAAAUGGUACCAUCCCGGAUAAGAUUGGUAAUCUUGAUGCCUUGCAGAAUUUUCUUGAUCUGAGUUACAAUUUACUUAGUGGAGAGAUACCACCCCAGCUUGGUGAUCUCAAAGCUUUGGAAAAUUUGAACCUCUCCCACAAUAAUCUCACUGGUAGAGUACCCAAUUCGCUAGGUGGUAUGGUCAGCUUGUUAGACAUUAACUUGUCCUACAAUGAAGAUUUAUGUGGUGAAAUUCAUGGUUUGAGGCCAUGUGAUGAAACAUUUUUGAAAAAGAGUGCUAGUAACAAACGCCAAAAACUUCUGACUAUUGUUCUUCCAACCACAGGCUCAUUGUUCAUCACCAUAGUGAUUACUGUUUUGUACUUGUGCAAGAACCUGAGGAAUCGACAGGAAGAUGAGUCUCCUUUGAUGAGAGAAAAACUGUUUUACAUUUGUAAUUUUGAUGGGAACUUUGUGUAUGAAGAUAUCAUCAAUGCCACUAAUGAUUUCAACGAUUUGCAUUGUAUUGGGGCGGGAGGAUCCGCGAAAGUUUAUAAGGCCGAGUUACAAAGUGGUCAAGUACUAGCAGUGAAAAAACUGAUCUCCCCAACUGAAGGAAUUGAGAGUUUUAAAAAUGAGAUAGAAAAAUUGACAGAAAUAAGGCAUCGGAACAUUGUGAAACUCUAUGGAUACUGUUUUGAUGAAAGAAACCACGUCCUGAUUUACGAGUUCAUGGAAAGGGGAAGCUUGGCAGAGAACUUGAGUAGUGAGAAAGGAGCAAAAGAGUUAGAUUGGGCAAAGAGGGUGAAAAUUGUUAAGGGUGUGGCCUAUGCUCUAUCUUAUUUGCACCAUGAUUGUGUUCCUUUGAUAAUUCAUCGUGACAUAUCGAGCAAGAAUGUUCUGUUAAACUCGGAGCUAGAGGCUCGUGUCUCGGAUUUUGGCACUGCCAGGUUCUUGAAGUCUGAUGCUUCAAACUGGACCACAGUUGCAGGCACAUAUGGAUACAUUGCUCCAGAGUUUUCUUACACCAUGGCUGUGACAGAAAAAUGUGAUGUAUAUAGCUUUGGUGUUCUGGUGCUUGAAGUUUUGAUGGGAACACAUCCAGGAGAAGUGAUUUCUAGUAUGAACUCAUCAUCACUUGGGCAAGGCAUAAAACUAGAGGAUGUGUUGGACCAUCGUCUUUCAUUUCCUGUGAAUCAAAAGAUUGAAGAUGAUCUGAAUGCUAUUCUCAAGCUUUCACAAUUAUGUUUGUGUGCUGAUCCCAAAACUCGGCCUACCAUGCAUGAUGUGUCUCUACUACUUGAAAUAAGGACAGGUCACAACUAG